CGAAACGGCAGCGGGCGGGUUUGAUACCAGUGGGGGCGCAGCGAGUCGUCCGGCAUCUUGGGCUGUGCAAGCUGUGCACGGGAAGGAAAGGAAAGGGAAGCACUUUCUGGGCGCGGCUUGUGAGUGAGUGUCAAGCGGGGCAAUUGUUUUUGCUGAGUUUGAGACCUUGUUCUGUCUGUGGCUCGCCGACAUCAUGUUUCGCACCAUUGGCCAGAAGCAAAAAGCACACGACGACGGCAUUUGGACCGUGUCGUGGUGCACCAAAGACGCCGACGAUUACAUUGUCACUGGCUCUGUGGACGACACCGUGCGGGCCUGGCGCUGGAAUAACGUGGACAAGACAUUGGAACAAGCUCAUCGCUUUGAAGGCCACGAGCUUGGUGUCAUUUCUGUCGCCACCGACUCGGAAAAGUCGGUAGCCUACUCGAGCUCGAUCGAUGGCCAGAUCAAGGCAUGGAAUCUGAAUGACGGCCGCCUUCUCGGCAAAAUGUCACCUGACGGCGCAACACCUUGGACCGUCGCCAUCUCCCAUGAUGCCCAGUUUCUCGCGGCGGGAUCCAGCACUGGCAAGGUGUAUAUUUUCGAUGUCGGCACGUUUGAACAGCGGGCCGAGCUAGAUACGGCUGCAGACUACAUCUCCGCCCUCGUCUAUAGUCCCAGUGGAGAUCGUCUGGCUUGCGCCACCAUGAAAGGCUACGUUAUUGUGUUUGACCUCAAAAAGGCCACCGUUGUGAGCAAGCGCCAAGUCCAUGCUCUGCCCAUCCGCAGUCUGGCCUUUUCCCCUGACAGCAAACAACUUUUCACCGCAAGUGACGAUGGCUACAUCAAGCAUUUUCAAGAGGCAGGCCUGGAGUUGCUCGGUACCUUUUCUGGCCACGGUUCCUGGGUUCUCUCCGUGGUCGUCGCUCCCGACAAUCAACACAUUGCUUCUUGCUCAAGCGACCAAACAGUCAAAGUUUGGAAGAUCGACACCAAGGAGUGCCUGCACACUUUUUCAGAUCACUCCGACCAGGUGUGGAGUCUGGCCUUUGACAAGGAAGGCAAGCGCAUCGUGAGCGUUGGUGAUGACGCCAACGUUUUUGUGUAUGAGUGCCCCUGAGGGGGACUUGCCUCGUCUGUUCCGAACGACUCCAGAUGAUCAUCAGCAGGAUGUAGCUGCUGUUGUUGCAACCCUGAAACUUGCUUGACUGUGCUUGUGCCUUUCUUUCUUGUUUUUUUUUUUCCUUCCCUUCUGCUAAGAACCAAAUUGCUGGAGACUACGCUG